GCAGCUAACAGUACCAGAAUUAAAAAAGCUAAGUUAAAGAAGAAACUUGCUUUGUUAUUUCUUCGCAAAAGUGAAUCUCAAGAAACAUGGUUCUGCUGAAGAUCUCUGCUUUCCUUGUGGUUUAUGCUGUUUUUGUAUGUCAGAUAAACAGCUCCCACGCAGUUCCUCUCAGAUCUGUGCUGGAGUCAUCUUCAGACAGGGUGGCGCUCAAUGAUUACGAAGUUCGGCGGUUACUGAAUGCGCUAGUAAAGGAAUUCAUGCAAAUGAUGACAGAGGAACUGGAGCAACAAGUGCCCAACGCCAAUAGCAGUGUUCCUUUGGAGAAGCGAGCCUGCAAAACGGCCACUUGUGCGACUCACCGCCUGGCUGACUUCCUGAGCCGGACCGGAGGGAUGGGCAACAGCGACUUCGUCCCAACCGACGUAGGGGCCAAUGCCUUCGGAAGGCGAAGAAGGAAUGUUCAGAUGUAGAUUAUUCAGGGAACUGGCAGACAGCAGUAACUGACGAGGCAAAGUUCUUUCCCGAUUAGAUGUCGCUUGGCUCGCUUCCCUCAUCGCAGAAGCACGGAGAACAAUUACGAUUGGAAAUGUUUACUUCACAUCGUCUUAACGUUACAGUCCAAACUCAUAGUUUUGUCCCAAUUCCCCAUCUUGUUAAUCCUCGUUACUAUUAUGUAAAGCACUUCCUAAAUGUAUCGUACAGCAAAAUAGACUUUUACAUCACAUCAUGUUUUAUAUCCAAUUAUAUUUGAAAUAAAAGUGAUGGUAUAUAUAUAUUCUAUUAUUUAUUAACGCUUGGGCACAAUGUGCAAUGUGACUUCCAGCUCUGUGCUGUUAGAACUUGGUCUCGACAGCACUCUUCAGUAUCUCGGGGAUAUAGUAAAUGUUGCCUCUCAAGGCAUGUAUGUAAUAUACUUUGUGUUGUGCCUUGAUGUAAAACGCCAUAAAUUACAUGAUUGUACAGUAUAUU